AUGGGCGGCGUUGACAGGCGUCGGCCGUCGACCGAGACGGGCCUGACGCCCGUUUUACCGCAAUUGACAUCGACGCGGCGCGUCACCGUAAAGCAAACGUCCCGGAAAAGCCUCGCCACCGACCACCGACGGCGCAUUGGGUCGGUCAAGCCCGAGCCUCGCAACGAAGCACUGGAAGCACUCAAGGUCGCGCUCACCGACGACCCCAGCACCCGCAGUGAUGCCGAUAUCCUUUUUCAUCGCGACCACGUUCGCUUCUACACCGACAAGUUUGAUGCGAAGCAUUGCACCAACACCAACAUCUUUGCGUCGUCGCACGAGUACGUGUGUCGCGAGAUCUGUCGCCACAUGCGCCUCAUCAAACUGCCAAGCCUCGCGAUGCUCAUUCGGCAAGGCGACACAGGCGAUCGGUGCUACAUCAUCAUCGACGGGACCCUUGAUGUGUUUAUUCGCCAAGAUGCGGCGUUCCAGGGCUUCAGCGACCAAGCGGAGACCAUGUACCGUCUGGCGCCGGCCAGCCUGAAUGUGGGGAAAUUCAUGACGACGCUGACGCCCGGUUCGAUUGUCGGCGAAGUUGUUCUGACGAAUCCGAGUGUACGCCGAACGGCGACCGUCGUCGUCUCUAAGGACACGUCCGAGUGCUGCGUCAUUUUCCUCGGGCGUGCCGACUACAUCCGCUUGGUCCGGAACGUCUCGAUGGAAGCGUCGCAUUUUGUACAAGCCGAGAUCCUCGACUUUAUGGUGCUCUUUCAAAAGUGGCCCAAACCAGAAAAGAUGAAGUACAUCGCCCAGAUGAAGUCGGUGCACUUUCGCGCCAACGACUAUCUGUACAAGGCCGGCACGACGACCAAGGUCAUGUUCAUUAUCGUGCUCGGCGAAGCCAUUGAGAAGUACAACUUGAACGCGGUCCACACGUCGAUCGGCCAAGUCGCGACCAAGUCAGAGGUCAAAAUCAACAUUGAGUUGCUUUUGCUUGGCCCGGGCGAAAUUGCCAAUGAGUUUGCGUUUUUCAAGCCGUCCAUGGUCGGUCACUUUGACAUCAAGGCGGUUACGGAUGUGCAUGCCCUGGCGAUCAACAAACAUCUGUACGAAGCCAUGACGACGCCGUCCGAGUACGCGCAGGACCUGCAAGCCAAGCUCGCGUCCAUGUCGAGCGACCGCGAUGAUUGGCGCAAAGAGCGCAUCGAGUUUGGCUCGCGCUACCCGGAUGCCCACAUCGCCAUGACAUGGAGCCUCAUGCGCAUGGGCAACCUUCGGUGCAGUCGCUGCGGCCGGCGCGGCCACCUGCCCAGCGAUCUCGGGCGGUGCCACCACUCGAAGAAAAUCGACUGGCCGUCCGUGCAGCAGCGGCUCGAGAAACAACUCAACCCACCGGCGCCGCAGCGCACGACGCGUGCGUCCGAUAGUCCGCGUGUCAAACGCCGAUCCAUCCACUCGAAUAUCGUGGCCCGGGACCUGCACCGCGACACAAUGGACGAGAGCAGCCUCCCGACCGCGAAAGAGCAGCUCGCCGCGUCGUGGCGCUUGCGCCUGUUGGUGUUUCCAAAGCAACCCGAGUCAACGACGCACGAGAAGCCGUCGACCACGCCGCAUACAACAUAA